AUGGCCGACUACCUGCUGUUCGAGAGCCCGAUGGGCUACUCGCUCUUCAAGGUCGCACACCAGGCGGACACUGUCGGAAACCGCCUCAAGGAGGUUCAGGAGGGUGUGCAGGAUCUUGCGAAGUUUGGAAAGAUGGUCGAUUUGGCAAGUUUUCUGCCUUUCGAAAACAACAAACAGGCCCUCAGUGAGAUCAACGAUGUUUCUGAGGGAGUCGCCUCCGAGACUCUGGUUAAUUUCCUCGAGCUGAACCUGCCGAAGCCAGGCAAGAAGAAGAAGAUUUCCCUCGGUGUCUCGGAUAAGGCUCUCGCGGGUAGUAUCAAGUCCGCUUUCGACUUCGUCGACUGCGAGACCGGCGAUACCAGUGAGGUUGUCCAGGAUAUGCUCCGAGGCGUCCGACUUCAUGCCACGAAGCUGCUGAAGCAGCUCCGCGAGGGUGAUGUCGACACCGCUCAAUUGGGUCUUGGUCACGCCUAUUCGCGUGCCAAGGUCAAGUUUUCCGUGCAGCGAGACGACAACCACAUCAUCCAGGCUAUCGCUAUCCUCGACCAACUUGACAAGGCUAUCAACACCUUCUCUAUGAGAGUCAGGGAAUGGUACGGUUGGCACUUCCCUGAGCUUGUCAAGAUCGUCUCAGACAAUCAGCGCUAUGCUCAGGUUGCCCUCUUUGUGAAGGACAAGACGACCCUUACUGAGGAGAGUCUGCACGACUUGGCUGCCCUUGUGGAAGACGACGAGGGUGUUGCCAGGAGCAUCAUUGAUGCUGCCAAGCACAGCAUGGGUCAGGAAAUCUCCCAGACUGACAUGGAAAACGUGGUCUCCUUCGCCGAACGCGUUGUGAGCCUUUCCAAGUACCGCAAGAACCUCCACUCCUACUUGGUUUCCAAGAUGAGUGUUGUUGCUCCCAAUCUGGCCGCUUUGAUUGGAGAGAUUGUCGGCGCUCGUUUGAUCUCUCACGCUGGAAGCUUGACCAACCUCUCCAAGUACCCGGCAUCUACUGUUCAGAUUCUGGGCGCGGAGAAGGCGCUUUUCCGCGCUCUCAAGACCAAGGGCAACACGCCCAAGUACGGACUGCUGUACCACUCCUCCUUCAUCGGUCGUGCUGGUCCCAAGAACAAGGGAAGAAUCUCGAGAUUCCUUGCGAACAAGUGUUCUAUCGCGUCUAGAAUCGACAACUUCUCCGAGACGCCCACCACCAAGUUUGGAGAUGUCUUGAAGAAGCAGGUGGAGGAGCGUCUUGAGUUCUACGUUUCCGGCGCCGCGCCCACCAAGAACGAGGUCGCUAUGAAAUCUGCCAUGGAUGAUAUCCUGGCCGACAUCGAAGUUGACGAGCAGCACAGCGAUGUCGAGAUGGAAGAUGCUGAUGACAAGGCCGAAAAGAAGGAAAAGAAGGACAAGAAGGAGAAGAAGGAGAAGAAAGAGAAGAAGGAGAAGAAGGACAAGGAAGAAAAGAAGGACAAGAAGAAGAAGAGAAAGUCCGACGUAGGCGACGACGACGUCUCUGACAAGAAGAAACGGAAGCGCGACGGUGAGGUCGAGUCGUCUAAAAAGAAGUCGAAGGCCUAA